CCUGUCUGUCCUAAUAUUUAGAAUUUUGGAGGGUAUAUCCAUGGAGGGCAAUCUAUAUUUCACUGUCUCUCCUCCUGCAGUUUUUAAUGACCCCCUCAACACUAGCAUUACCCCAGCAGCGGAGUGAGACAGGAGUCCCAGGACCCUCACAGCAGGGUGGGGGUGUGUCUGUGUGUGUAUGUCUGUGUGUGUGUGUGUGGGAGACGUGUCCUGGGCCAGUUCCAGCUCUGCGCAGUAAUACUCCCUGACAGAGCUGGCUGUGCGGCUCCAGCCUGACUGACGCCUUGUCCUGUGCCUGUGUUGUUGCCGCUGCACCUCCCUCUGCAGCCCUGACUCCUUCACAUACAUACAGCAGCCAGGGGGGACCAGCACCCGUCCACACAUUAAGGGCCGAAGCCAAAACACAGGUAAGUCCUGGACACUCAUUUUCAUUAAAAUACAUUUAUAUAUUUAUUUAAAAUAUAUUUUUUUAAUGUUAUCAAACUUUUCCCUGUGCCUGCUCACUCCCACUGCGGGAGGGUAGGGCGCAGACUGUGCUUUUACUGAGCACAAUGACCUCAUCUGAGGCUGGUGGACACUGAUAGUGCUCAUUACUGGGUCAUGGAGCUGUUCUGUUAUGUCUGCACCCUCUUCCUAAAUAUAGAUCUCCCUAUAGCAGGCUCUGAUCAGCAUUCAACGCUCAUUAGAACGUUGGGAACAAUGUAGCAGCUACAGGAUUCUAAAGGUUCCACGGUUAACCCUUAGGGUUCCAGCUGGCACAGAAGCCUUGAUCACCUUUUGUGUGGCAUGGCAUUGGUCACCUAAGGUCAGGCCCAGACUUACAGCUUUUAUAAUUUCCAUUAUUCAUAGUUUGACCUCUAUGCUUUCUGUAGGAGAAUAUCAUUUUUUUUUAAAUUAAGUUUGAUAAAGUGAUACUGACAAGUGACAGGAGUGGACAGCUCACUGAUCCUCAUAGUAGAUUAAAGUGUCUGGCUUGGCCUGCCGUGUACAGCCACCAGCUACUGGGUGUGAUGGGAGUUGCAUUGAUGUGCAGAUGGCGUUUCAAAAAUUGGAGAACUCAUCACAACUUAUUUAUAGGUCAAAGCUAAAUGGAUAACUGCAGUGGCUAUGUACUUGAUUGCUUCCUGUGAUCUUGAAGGAUUACAACUCCCAUUGCUGGAAGCAUGCAGUCCACGGCAUUUGGAGUUCUUUUUAUGUGUGGUUUGUAGAUCUGAUAUUUCUCUAUGGGGGUGUGGUCGUAAGGUUAAUAUAUUUUAUUUUGUAACUUAAAGGUAUCCUUUUUGCAGGUGACAGCAAAUAAUGCAUUGGGUACACUGUGGCUGUGAAUGGGUUAAGCAAGGUUAUUGUAACCGAAUUGGGGCUAUGGGGAGAUUGCAGGGGACAUUCUCAGUUUUACAGUGUGAUAGUUAUUUGCAUUAGGGAAGGGAGGGAGGGACAGGGUAGAGGAGACAAACUGACGCCAGUAUUGUGAUCAGGAGAGAGAGGGGAAGGAGGAGCUGUCCAGGGUUUCUUGUAGCUAAUCUCUGACCAAGACUGCAUCACUUCUUUCUAUACAAAUAGCUCCAUAUGACGCAGGGAGGCUGCUUUGUGGGCCAGACUGGUGACGAACUACAUGAUUUAUGUGUCUGAUGGGACUGUAUAGCUGUAUGGCUGCUGUCACCUUCCAGGAGGGCGAUGGUUAAUGUCACUGCACCUGCACAUAAAUAAGAACCAACUCAGUGAAGUAGAUCCAGAUCAGUAGCAUUAAUCAUUUAUAUACAUCUGCAUACCCCAUACCAAAAUUUCACCACCAUCAACUCUCCAACCUUGCAGAAACCUCAACUCCCUCGAUCUCCAGCACUUCUCUACCAAACUCCAAACACUCCUUUUACCCAUCUCAAAUCUCAACUGCCCUAACUCUGCAACCUCACUCUACAACUCCACUCUCUCCUCUCAACUUGACAUCAUGGCACCUCCUACAGUUAAACGCAGCAAGCGCCCCCAACUACAACCCUGGCACACCAAGCUGACCCGUUACCUCCAAAAAUGUUCCAGAACUGCUGAAUGCUGCUGGAGAAAGUCUCACUUUGCAUCUGACUUUGUCCACUAUAAAUUUAUGCUACGCUUUAUGCACAUUCUCCAUAACUUUGGUCUACGGGAUACUUCUCUCUCCUGAUGCUCCUCCUACCUCUCCCAGCGCUCUUUCAGUGUUUCUUUCUCUGGCUCUGCCUCUUCUACCCAACCCCUCUCUGUCGGCGUCCCCCAAGGUUCUGUCCUUGGCCCCCUACUGUUCUCUAUCUAUACUGCCUCCCUUGGUAAACUCAUCAGCUCUUUUGGCUUCCAUUAUCAUUUAUGCAUUUAACAUUAUGUGACGUAUAAUGCCAACAGCAUCAUAGUGGCAACUUGGAUGUCUUAAUGUAAGAAUUAUACAGUGAUUAUUCAUUUAAGAAUUCUAUGACGCGUUAUUGGCUUUUACUCCUACAUUUAGCACUUCUAGGAAUUCUGUAGUCUGGAAGGAAAUGGUUUUUAAAAGCAAGGAUCUUCUCGAAACAUUUACUUUCUACUCACAUUAAAGGGGCACUACCAAUUCCCAAGAGAUUACACCAUUGAAAAAAGCAUUGAUAAUCACUUGUAACUCAUGUUAACUUUUUUUUUAUGUGAUGCUACUUUUUCUUUUAAAAUUUAAAUUAAAGGUUUAGUGAUUGCCAUCACAAUCCAGUUUAGUUCAGGCACAGCCAAGGCAGACAAUGCAAACAAGGAGGAAAAACAUUUUUUUGAUAUAUGUUUUCCUUAUGCUGAUUGCCAGAUGCAAAAGACAGAGCUUAUAACAAUGAUCGACAGGCAACUAAAAUGGAGGCGCCCAGUUGCAGUACAGAAAGGUGUUAAUUUUUUCCAUACUUAGCUUUAUUUUCCACACCUCACAAAUGCACAUUUGUUAAAUAUAGGGUUAAAUAAACAUAGUAUAAUCCUGGAAAAUGACAGUUCCCUUUAAAUUUGUCAGUUAUUUGCAGUUUUAUAUCCCCAUUGUAAACUUGUAAAGAGCUGUUAUAUGCUGACACAUAUAUGAUUAGAAAGCCAUAGAAUACUAUUUUGGUGAAUGAAAAUGCUUUUGACACAACAAACAAAUGAGUCACUGUCUGUACCUUUACAUUGAUGCCAUCACUAAAACAUUUUCAGGUUGUGAAACUGCUGCAGUCUGGGAAAUCUGAUACAGCUGUUCCAACUAGCUGUCGCCUUCUUUUACAAUGGAAAGAUAAACACUUAACUCUUUACAAGCAAUCUGUGACAAUAUUCAUAGUAAUUUCAUGUAUAUAAUUUUCUGGCCAAAAUUGCUUGUAAAUAUACAAUGGACAGAUUAGAAUUUAGCUAUUCUUACCGCCAUACCAGGGAAUUGUCCCCAAAAAGUGCUACACUCAGGACACUAGGACCAUGUAGAGAGCUCUCUCAACACGGCCUGCUCACUGUAGGCUCGCCUACUUGAUGCCAGUCUAACCUGCCAAUUCAUUUGGCUGGCACCUCCACUGGUUUGACACACGCACUCACAAAUUAACUUUAUUUAUAGUGUUUGUUUCCUUCUUUAGGUCCACCCAGCCUACAUACCUUUAGGAGAACUGGUGUGGGUUCUCUCCAUAGGUUCCAGUGGAGAUCCUGUACAUGUGAUCCAGAGUGACUGUUUUAAUUCCUUCCUUACUGCUCCCUCUCGUGUCAUUUUGUAAUGCUGGGCUGGAGUGACGUCAUCUCCCAGCAUCACCACGAUGGAGCUAUGUAGAAGAGCAGGAACAUCAGUGUUCCCUCGCCAAGCCUCCUUACUCCCACUUAGGAUGCAUUAUAUAUGGGCAAAGCAGGCAGCUGCUGUCUGGCUAUACAGGGGCCUACUCUUCCUUCCUUAGUGUAUAUAUGCCACCUCAGGCGGCCAUAACAUAGCCGGCCGGCCACCUCCUGAGCCCCCUGUGACAGGUGGAAAGCAGAGGCUCCGAUCGCACUCACAACCCCUAUUUUUCCGCCGUUGGACCAGGUAUUCGAGGCGUGUAAAAUUCAAUGAACUUUAUUCAUGCAUUGGAAAGGCAUGCUUUUCUUUAUAAAGUUCCUUGAAUUUCAGAAGUCUUGUGUGCCUGGUUCAUUCCUCUAAAUAUAUUUGGUGUAUUGGCCAUCCGGACUGUGUAGCAAAAGCUGGUCUUCCAAAUGGCGCAUCACUGUGCAUGCCAUCCUCCUUUCUAUCCAUUAAAAAUUAGGACAAAAUAACUGACUUCCUGUUCUUCACUAUAAGAAGUUAUUGUAAUAGACAGAUGUUUGUAAGAUUAUUUUAUUGACUCUGCUUAUAAUAAAUCCUUAUAUAUUUAUAAUUAGAAUUGAUCAGUCUUUGAAACCAGUCAAACAUAUAAAUUGACAACUGAUUUGCCUAUUUAAUGUACCAAUUUUUUUUAAAUAACAGCUUACACUUAUUACUUAUUACCUUUUCUUUCUAAGGGUCAGUACUAGAUGUUAUUGAAUUGUUCUCCUGUACACUGUAAAUAGGAAUUCUGGAGAAAGACAGUCCAUUUAGUAGAAUCUUUUAAUUCCAGGUCAAGGCCUGCCAAAAAGUAGCUGGUGAGGAAAUACAAUUCCUCUGUUUCUUAGCUUUCUUUAAAGUCUUACUUUAGUCACCAUGAUCUCUUCAGUGAUUUGAAGUGGUUAUGGUGCCAGGAUUCUGUAUGUACAGUGUUUCAUUAUGUUACACUGCACAUACUGAGUUUACCCCUUUGUUACUGAAAGUGUAACUCCAGUUCUGGCAUUGUCACCGAUAGUGUCUCCAAUAGUGAGGAGCAGCGAUACGGUACUUCUAGCAUUAUAACCACUACAGCAAGCUUUAGUAGUUAUGAUACCUGGAGUAACCCUUUAAAAUUGCCACACUAAGGACCAUAACCACUUUACAUCAUUGCACAGAUUAUGGUGAGGAGAGUUUACUGCUCCAUGCCUCCCUGCACAGUUUAGUUCGUAACUACAAAAAUGUGCAAUAAUCAGAGCAGCUACAACAUUGCAAACUAGAUCAAUGACAUCAAAGUUCAAAGUUUCAAGGAUGGCAAGGAUUUGUUACGACCACCUAAAGUAUCAUUGAUCCUUAAGGGUUAACCAGCUCUUCAUUAACAAUGAAUGGCUCAUUCUUAUAAAAAGCAGUGUCUCCAGCAGUGAGCAGAUUCUUAAUUGACCGACUGUCAGGUAAGCGCACUAGUCCCUGGGUAGACAUUGCAUUUCAUUACAAUCCUCAAUUUCUUUCAUCUCAAAAUCACGUCAUCUAACGUUUGUCUGCGUAAGAACCAGUGGCUAGACAAGAUCCAUUUUUCUAAAAUCCUCUUCUUCUAAGAACAAUCUUUUCUGAUCACCUUCCUGUUUCACACUGAAUCAGUUCCAAGGUCACCUUUGGAGGUCAGCACUUCCAAGACUUUAAAAAAACAAAACAAAUUAAGGUAAAUGACAAAGGCUUACUCUGACGCAGUAGCCUGUGCCAAUUUGAUGCCAAAAGAGUUAACAAUGAGAUCUAGGGGUUAUGUUGCUUGGAGUUAAUUCAUACAGCACACGGGACUUUCCUCUGUUUUUUGUGCUAGUGUAUAGAUGAGACGUUAUUCAACAUUAUUAUUUUUUUGUUUUCCUUGGAGUUUCCGUAGACAGAGCGCUGCGUGGGGCUGAGGUUUACAGCUACACUGCUCUAUAGUGACAAAGCAUGAUCUCCCAACUUCUAACUUGCACCUGCAUGCACGGGUUUGAGGGGUGUCCAUAUUGUCAUUUGAGAGAUGGUAGGUUGUUCACCUUUUUGAAGAUUUAAUGUUGGAGGAAGUGAAAGCACACUUUAGUAUAUCUUUCAAUCUAAUUUAUAUGAUUGCUAGUGAUUUCUUAUGGACAAGUGGUGUACCAACCGGAAAAUAAAAUUGCCAUCCACGUAAUUUGAGAAUGACAGAUUCACUUUAUAUAGAAACAUAGAAUGUGACGGCAGAUAAGAACCAUUCGGCCCAUCUAGUCUGCCCAAUAUUUCGAAAUACAUUUAAUAAGUCCCUGGCCUUAUCUUAUAGUUAGGAUAGCCGCAUGCCUAUCCCACGCAUGCUUAAACUCCUUUACUGUGUUAACCUCUACCACUUCAGCUGGAAGGCUAUUCCAUGCAUACACAACCCUCUUGGUAAAGUAAUACUUCCUGAUAUUAUUUUUAAACCUUUGCCCCUCUUAUUUAAGACUAUGUCCACUUGUUGUGGUAGUUUUUCUUCUUUUAAAAAUAAUCUCCUCCUUUACUGUGUUGAUUCCCUUUAUGUAUUUAAAUGUUUCUAUCAUGUCCCCCCUGUCUCGUCUUUCCUCCAAGCUAUACAUGUUAAGAUCCUUUAACCUUUCCUGGUAAGUUUUAUCCUGCAAUCCAUGAACCAACUUAGUAGCCCUUCUUUGAACUCUUUCUAGAGUACCAAUAUCCUUCUGAAGAUACGGUCUCCAGUACUGCGUACAAUACUCCAAGUGAUGUCUCACCAGUGUUCUGUACAAUGGCAUGAUCACUUCCCUCUUUCUACUGCCAAUACCUCUCCCUAUACAACCAAGCAUUCAGCUAGCAUUUCCAGCUGCUCUGUUACAUUGUCUUCCUACCUUUAAGUCAUCUGAAAUAAUUACUCCUUAAUCUCUUUCCUCAGAUGUUGAGGUUAGUAGGGUAUCAAAUAUCCUAUACUCUGCCCUUUUUAUAUAUAUAUAUCAGACUUACUUGUGUUAGCCACUGUAUGACAAUUUUAUAGAAGCUGGUAAAAAGUUAAAGGGACAUUAUAGGAACCAAAACAACUUUAGCUUAAAGGACCACUCUAGGCACCCAGACCACUUCAGCUUAAUGAAGUGGUCUGGGUGCCAGGUCCAGCUAGGGCUAACCCAUUUUUUUUAAUAAACGUAGCAGUUUCAGAGAAACUGCUAUGUUUAUCAAUGGGUUAAGCCUUCCCCCAAAUCCUCUAGCGGCUGUCUCAUUGACAGCUGCUAGAGGCGCUUGCGUGAUUCUCACUGUGAAAAUCACAGUGAGAGCACACAAGCGUCCAUAGGAAAGCAUUAAGAAUGCUUUCCUAUGCGAACGGCUAAAUGCGCGCGCGUGCACAUUCAGCCGAUGGGGCGGAAUGGAGGAGGAUCGGAGGCAGAGAGCUCCCCGCCCAGCACUGGAAAAAGGUAAGUUUUAACCCCUUUCCCCUUUCCAGAGCCGGGCGGGAGGGGGUCCCUGAGGGUGGGGGCACCCUCAGAGCACUAUAGUGCCAGGAAAAUGAGUAUGUUUUCCUGGCACUAUAGUGGUCCUUUAAUGAAGCAGUUUUGGUGUAUAGAUUAUGCCCCCGCCGUCUCAAUUUCUCGCCAUUUAGGAGAUACAUCUCCUUGUUUAUGCAAUCCAAACCACACUUUACUGUAUGUGACUUACACAACCUUCCUAAAUACUUAAUGAAAAGAGAGAUCUUCCUUUAUUGCACAAUCUGUUUAAUUUAGAAUUUAUUAUCUCCUGCACUGUUAAUACCAUUCUAGAACCUGCACCAGCCUCCUGUGUGUGAUUUAAUAUUUAUUUACAUAGUUAAGACUUAAGUAAGUAAAGAACUAAUGAAAAUGAAACAAUUUUUUCAUGCAGGCUGUGUCAAUCACAGCCAGGGGAGGUGUGGCUAGGGCUGCAUUAAAGGACCACUAUAGUGCCAGGAAAACAAGUAUGUUGCCCCCACCCUCAGGGUCCCCCUCCUGCCAAGCUCUAGGGGGUGGAAGGGGUUAAACUUACCUCUUUCUCCAGCGCCGGGCGGGGGACUUUCCUCCUCCUCUCCUCCUCCUCGGCUGAAUGUACAUGCCCGGCAGGAGCCUUGCGGCAUUCAGCCAGUCCAUAGGAAAGCAUUCUCAAUGCUUUCCUAUGGACACUGGCGUCUUCUCACUAUGAAAAUCACAGUGAGAAGCGCGGAAGCCCUCUAGCGGCUGUCAGUGAGACAGCCACUAGAGGCUGUAUAAACCCAUAGGUAAACAUAGCAGUUUCUCUGAAACUGCUAUGUUUACAGCAGAAAGGGUUAACCCUAGCUGGACCUGGCACCCAGACCACUUCAUUACGCUGAAGUGGUCUGGGUGCCUAUAGUGGUCCUUUAACAGAAACAAAAGUUAUUUUACUACCAAAUGGCAGAGAAUUGAACAGUGAAACUGCAGGGGCAUAAUUCAAUAACACCAAAACUGCUUCAUUAAGCUAAAGUUGUUUUGAUAUCUAUAGUGUCCUUUUAACUAAUGAAGACAUUACUUGAAAUUAGAGUUCAUUCUGAUGUAUAUAAACAAUAUGUUCACUCAAACAAAAUAAAAGUUAUCAUGGAAAACCUGUAACCAUCGCUUAUAGUUUUAUCACGAGUGCUUAGUAUAUCAAAGAAUUCAUUGGACUGUGGAGUUUAUCCACUGUGAACAUUUGCUCAACUAGUUUGUCUAGAUUACAGCAUACACAGUGUUUCACUGAUUGACAAUAAGCUUUGUGUUAUGUCGCAGCUGUUUUAAUCGGUUAGUGUUUUUGUUGGGUUUGGCACUAAGCAGAGUUUAUAUUGAGUAAUGUUUAUAGGACCUGAUUGCUGUGUUCUGAAAGACGUGAUGGUAUAAGCUGGGAACCUUUUGUGUUUCACUAGACACAACUGCACACAUUUCUAGUGUAAGGUUAUUUUUAAAAUGGUUAGAGUAUCUAUUUUGCAAUUAGUAGCCAGAAUAGCUGAUAAAUAGUAUAGCGAUUUCAGCUUCUGUUGGCUUCAUGUACUAUACCAGUGUGUUCAUUAUUUCUGUAUAUUUUAUUGGUCUCCUUUCAGAUUUAUUGGGAAAUGUAUGCAAGAAAGGUAGAAACCUUCUCAUCUUUUAUUUUACAUUUUUGGAGUUUGAAUGCUGAGAUUAUGCAUAUAUACACAUACAAUGACACACACUGACACAAAUACAUACACACUGAUUCUCCGAACUGCUGAUCUGACAGGAACCUGGUCGUGCUGUUUAAGGCAUGUGGCAACCGACCAGAUCCCUGAUCAGACAUGCCCAUCGGGUGGCCCUAGGUGCGUGGGCCACCAGAUGGGUCCACAGCUUGUGGGCCAUGAAACAGAUACACCGGCAGUAGUUCCGCCGCUGCGUAGUUUCAAUAAUUUGUCAUUCAUAACCUUUGUAAGUGGUGCUGCAUUGGCUAAUAGAUAUAUUUGUCACAGCACACAGCAAUCACAUGUCUAUUCAAUAAACAGUGAAUAGCUGUUAAUUUAAAAAAAAAAAAAGCUUGCUAAAUUUGUGUUAAAUUUGUCAAUCUUGAAAUGAAUGUUUUCAUUUGUCCUAAAUUCUGUAAAUUUACUUCUAUUCAUCACAAGUCACUGUUUAGUAUAUAGCUCCUCCGAUGUACAUCUUGUAUUUAUUUUUCUUAGCAAGAUUCACAUAUAUUCAGAUGUAUAUAAUUGAGAAGAAUAGCCAAGGAAUUAAGAAACAGAGAAAGAAUAAAGUGUGUUUUCAAUUAAUAGAAUCAUUUUGAAAUGCUUUAUGUGGAUCUUUUGUGCUCUGGGCUACUUACUCCAUACAUUUAUCAUGUUUUUAUAAGACACACAUUGUGAAAAACUGCAAAAUAGUUCUAUCUCUAUUGAUAUCCCAGAAUGUGCACGCCAUUGCAUUAUCCCUAAUUUACACCCUUGGCUCUCUUCCCAUUGACAACAAUUGUGAUCUGCUUCAUACUGAUGUCAGCGGCGAGCUAUUUCAUUUGACUGAAAGAGAUAAAUGCCCUUUACUCGUCCCUGCUAAGGCAAAACACCAUAAUAUAUUGCCAGAAAUAUAUCCUGACCCACAGUCACGUAGUGUCUUAUCUGUAAAUACUUGCAUGUCUGCUUGCAAAACAAGUCAUGCUUUGUGAACGAGAAUGUCUGUGUGUUCAUACUAUGUAUAGGGCUAUUUUUGGAACCCUAUGCAUUUAGCCUAUUCACUGUCUGUAAUGUUGCCCUAAAAUUAAAAUUAAAGAUUUAAGACUUUUUCUACACAUUAUAAAUAUAAUAAUUAUCUUUAAUUAAUCCAAAGUUUAGCACGUUUUAGCCAUGAUAAAGAAAAUGUACAUUUAAUUUAAAGGGACCCUUCAGGCACCAUAAAUACUACAGCUUAUUGUAGUGUUCAUGGUUCUAGGAGACAAAGGGUGACGUCUUUCUGGUAUUUGCAAACCGUUUUUUAAACUGACAAAAUCACAGAGAUUUCACAGGCACACACAAACUUGACCGUCCUUGUGUUGUAUUAGUGGAAAUUAAAGGGUGGGAGUGAGACUUUUUCCAGUUUGGUGAAUACAUACCUUGUUAAAGGGAUUCCAUAGUGUUAGGAAUACAAAUCUGGUAUUACAAAUACAAAUCAGCCCUCUGGUCUUUCCCCCUCCCCUGUGCCCCUUCCCUCCAGUGAAUAAAGGGUGAAAUAAAAAACCUUUAUUUACUUACACGAUUCCAGUGCUGAAGUCACUUGGCACUGGGUUGGAGCUCCGCCACCUCUGACAUCAUCUGAUGGAUAGGUGAGCGGGGUCCUAAUGCAAAUGCACAGCGCCGCAAGCUCAUUAUGAGCUAAGUACGGUAAACUCCCUGAAGCGCCUCUAGUGGACAUUGCAGUUGUUUUAAAACUGUAAUGUAUUACAUUGCAGGACUUAAUGGGACAGGUACAGUGCACCCAUGUCACUUCAACGAGCUGAAGUGGUUUAGGUGCCUAUAGUGUACCUAAAUGCUAGAUAUCUGGAUUGCCAUUCCACAGAUACCACUGCCACCCAGGUGUUUAUAUCAUAUCUAGUGUAUAUAUUUUACUGUUUUGUGGACUUUCUUUCUGGCAUGGACUGUUGGGGCUCUAGCAGCCUAAUGUGUUAAUUAGUACCUAUUGCUAAUUAAUAUUAUAUGACUCAAAAUAAUACAUGCUUAUUGGUAUAAGAGUUAUUGGUGCUGGACAAUUUUUAAAAUUAUCAUUUGUAAUUUUUUUGUACUAGCUUUAUUAUCUAUUUUGCAUCUUUUAGACUUUAGUCACCUCUUUGUGGAAGCAAUUUAGAUAUUUUACAUGAUAUUUAACUUUUAUAGUUCACCUAUCCCCCCACCCCCCAUUAUGUUGACUAUGUGAAGAUGCUUAGAGUGUCCUUUUAAGUUAUUGCACCCAUACUACAUGUUACAUAUCUAAUGAGGUAUGUUUGCUCUAGGUCUAAUCAGGACAUUCGAAGACAUCCAAAAAGUAGACCCCGACUCAAUUCCCAGAAACAGUAAAUUGAAAAGACGGUGGAAGCAUCAAUUUCUCUUGUCCUACAUAUCUGUCACCUUUCGGGGGCAGAAGUCGAAUCCUAUGCACUCCAGCACACCCAUAAGUUCCUUGUUCUCCUUUACUAGCCCGGCAGUGAAGAGACUGCUUGGCUGGAAACAAGGAGACGAGGAGGAAAAAUGGGCAGAAAAGGCAGUCGACUCUCUGGUGAAGAAAUUGAAGAAGAAGAAGGGUGCCAUGGAAGAGUUAGAAAGGGCUUUAAGCACCCCGGGGCAAGCCAGUAAAUGUGUCACAAUCCCUCGUUCUUUAGAUGGAAGGCUACAAGUAUCACACCGCAAGGGUCUUCCGCAUGUCAUUUACUGCAGGGUUUGGCGAUGGCCUGACUUACAAUCCCAUCAUGAGUUAAAACCACUUGAAUGCUGUGAGUUUCCAUUUGGAUCAAAGCAGAAGGAUGUGUGUAUAAAUCCAUACCAUUACCGCAGAGUUGAAACUCCAGGUAAAAUAAAAAUGUAUUAUUAUAUUAUCUUUGUCCUUCAUUUGUACAGAUUUGUUCAUUUAUCAAAACAGAAAUUUCAAAUAACGUAUCAGGCAUACAUAGUUUUAUUAAUAUGAAAACACAGAGAUGGUAACGGAGUAUUCACAAUAAACAAACAUGCCCCAUUCUCAUGGUAACUUGAGCCUUAACCUCUUAAGGAUGGAGGCAAUUGUUGAAAUUCGGAACCAAACAAAAUUCUGAACCAAUUUACAACCCACGUUCCUGCCACUUUCCCACCUCACUCCCCCUCCCCUUGAGCAUGUGCUGUGAGAUGGCUAAAUGGUCAAAUCACAGGCUUCUCUAUGAGAAGCCUUUGAUUGGACCUCUUGUGGCUCCCAUGAUACCAUGAGGGUGUGUGUAAAAAUGCGCCAAUACGGUCUCCUGGUGCUGAAUUCCAGAUAAGUAAAUCCUUUUUUAAAUAGUUACUGGAGAGGGGUUGGCACUAAAAAAUUAUUCCCAAUAGGACAUUAUUCAUUAAAUAAAAAGCUAUAUGCAAAAAGAAAAGUUGGAAAACCCCUUUAACCCCUUAAGGACCAAACUUCUGGAGUAAAAGGGAAUCAUGACAUGCCACACAUGUCAUGUGUCCUUAAGGGGUUAACGUGAUGACAGUUGCCAAAUGAUAGUGUAAUUUACCACAUAGUUUGUUAAUUUUUUGCUUGAACUGGGUUCUAAGUGAACUAAAUUAUCUUUAAUACAUUUUACUAACUUGCUGUUAGUUUAACAGAUGAAUUAUGAAAGAUAUACAAAGUACCAGUUGACUAUAUUUUGUUUUAUAACAUAACAACUUUGGCUUCAGAAGAUAAACAUUUUGGUGAAUGUAUUUAGUUAUUAGUUAGUUUUUUUUGAGCGAACAUAAUACUGCUAUUCAGGGCCGGACUGGGGAUUCCAAAGCAGCCCUGGAAAAAAAAUCUAUGCCAGCCCCAUAAGUCAUUGCGCCAUAUAUUGUCGCAUGUAAUAUGUAAGGCUAUGUCUUGCAACUCUAGAUGAUUGAGAUAUAUAUAUAUAUAAAAAACUGAUCUUGCACUCCACCAAUUCAAUAUUCAAUACCCGGUGCUUGUCAGCCAAAAAUGCAAAAAAUAUUGCCAGAGAUAGCACUCCAAGGACUAAUAUAAAAUAUAAUUUUUAUAACCUCCACUAAAACAACACAAGGUCAACGUUUCAGCUUGAUCCCCUCAAGCUUUCGUCUAUUAUCUAUCUAUCUAUCUAUCCUCACAUGCAUACACAGACAAUCUCACUGACACAAGCUGAUUGAUACACAGCCUCAUACAUAAGGUUAUUGACAUAAAAACACAAGCUCACAUCAUUAAGCUUGAUGAUCUCAGCCGUAGAGGCAGGGCCAGGCGAGGGGAGACCAGCAUGACGUGGGGAAGAAAAAAAAAAAGGUGAGUAAAAACACACAUACACACACACAUACCAUGACAGACACACACCGUGACACAGACAGAAACACACACACACACCAUGACAGACAGACACACCAUGACACAGACAGACACACACACACCAUGACACACACACACACCUUGACACACACACACACCAUAACACAGACAGACCGUGACACACACACACACCACGACACAGAGAGACCGUGACACACAGACACACACACACACACACCACGACACAGAGAGACCGUGACACACAGACACACACACACACACACCAUGACAGACAGUGACACACACACCAUGACUAAGAGACACAAACAAUGACAUAGACAGACACACACACACCAAGACAGACAGACACACACACAAAUGACACAGACACACACACACAUACACAAUUUCUACCUGUGGGGAGCUCCUUUGGCGGCCGCAGGGUUUGCUGGCUGUUCUUGCAGCCGCAGGGGGAGCUGGCUGUUGUGUCUCUGCUCCCCCUCCCCUGCGCGCUAGAAAGAGACCGGGGCCGGAAUAUGACGUCAUAUUUCCGGCCCCGGUCUCUUUGUAGCGCGCUGGGGAGGGGGAGCAGGGACACAACAGCCAGCUCCCCCUGCAGCCGCCAAAGGAGCUCCCUCUGUGGCCGCAGGUGCGCCAGCUGGCUGCCUGGCCCCAGGUGCCGACGGCCCACCGGGAAAUUUCCCGGUAUCCCGGUGGGCCAGUCUGGCCCUGCUGCUAUUGUUACUAAGAGAUGUUUUUACUGCUAACAAAGGAAGGCAUUUUCCUUGAUUAUGUGUGUGAGUUUGACACACAGAGUGCCCACCUAUUUUUUAAUUAUAUGUUAUUCUAUUAAAUAUGCCUGAAAUAUAUAAAUGACAUUGCUUCUAUUAAUUCUCUAUUUCUUAUCUUUCUGGUGUGUAGUCACUGAUUUUGGGUUACAACCAUAUUUGGUCUCCAUGCUAUUCCACUGGGCCCCAAAUAGAUAGAACAGGCACAUUAGAUUGCUAAGAAGCCACACAAUAUAUAUAUUUUCUAUGGCAGCCCUGUUGUUCCCGGUGCAUUGGCAUAUGCAGGGCCGGCCUUAGGCAAUUAGGCGCCCUGUGCAAAAAGUCUUCACGGCGCCCCCCCCCACCUCCCACCAAGUUGCCUGAAUACAGUAACACACACAGGCACCGGGGACGUGUGUAUCACGAGGCAAACAAGGCAUCUGCCUUGGGCGCCACUUUGCAGGGGGCGGCAAAAAAAAGCAUCCCUCCAAACCCCCAGGCAGAUCCCUUGCUUGCCUCGCAUCCUGGGGGGCUCAAGAGCUGACCGGCUGGCCACUUUUGAGCCCCCCCAAGGCUGGCAGCGGGCAGCGAAGGAGCAUACUCACCUGAGCUCUUCCUGCUCAGCUUCCUCUGCGCCGCUUAAUGAAGCCGGGAGCCAGAAUAUGACGUCAGUCCGGCUCCCGGCAUCACUAAGCACUGCUUACUCAGCCUGUGCGCCCCCUGCCUGCCUGCCCAGCAGCCACACUGGACUGCUGGUAAGAAAUCCACUCCAGCUUUCCCAGGGAGGCUGGGUGGAUUUAAAAUAAAUGUAAAAAAUAUUAGUUUGUGAGUGUUAGUGGAAAUGUCUGUGUGUGUGUCUGUGAGUGUUUAUUUUGAAGUGAAUGUGUGUGUGUGUGUGUGUGUCUGUAAGUGUGUAAUUGUGUGUGUCUGUAAGUGAAUGUGUGUGUGUCUGUGAGUGAAUGUGUGUGUUGGUCAGUGAGUGUAUAUGUGUCAGUCAGUGAGUGUGUAUGUGUCAGUCAGUGAGUGUGUAUGUGUCAGUCAGUGAGUGUGUAUGUGUCGUCAGUGAGUGUGUAUGUGUCGUCAGUGAGUGUGUGUCGGUCAGUGAGUGUGUAGGUCAGUGAGUGUGUAGGUCAGUGAGUGUGUAUGUGUCGGUCAGUGAGUGUGUGUCGGUCAGUGAGUGUGUGUCAGUCAGUGAGUGUGUGUCAGUCGGUGUGUAUGUGUCGGUCAGUGGAGUCGUGCAUCUUUCAGUGAGUGCUUGCGUCUGUCAGUGAGAGUGUGCAUCUGUCAGUGUGUGUCCAAGUAAUAGUGUAUGUGUGUAUGUCAUUGUUUGUCAGUGUAUAUGAGAGUGUGUGUCUGUCAGUGAGUGUGCGUCUGUCAGUGAGUGAGCGUCUGUCAGUCAAAGUGCGGCCUUGACAGGAAGGGGUGGGGGAAAUUUAAACUCGGUUACAGGCAUGUACACACACACUCAGUUAAAGGCAGUCACACAUACAGGCACAGGCACAGGCACAAACAAUGGCACAGCGACACACACAGACAGUCACAUAGGCAGUCACACACACAGACAGACACACAGUAACACACACAUAGACAGUUAUACACACACAGGCAGGCAGUCACACAGAUAGAAAGUCACACACACAGGCAGGCAGUCACACACAGACAGAUAGUUACAGACAGACACACACAGGCAGGCAGGCAGUCACAUACAGGCAGUCACACACACAGGCAGUCACACACACAGACAGACAGUCACACACACAGACAGUCACACAGACAGACAGUCUCACACACACAGGCAGUCACACACACGGGCAGUCACACAGACAGACAGUCACACAGACAGACAGUCACACAGACAGACAGUCACACACACAGGCAGUCACAUACAUGGGCAGUCACAUACAUGGGCAGUCACACAGACAGACAGUCACACACACAGACAGUCACACACAGGCAGGCAGUCACACACAGAGACAGUCACACACACACACAGAGACAGACAGUCACACACACACACACAAGGACAGGCAGUCACACAGACAGUCACACACACACACACACACAAGGACAGGCAGUCACACAGACAGUCACACACACACACACACACGCACACAGGCAGGCAGUCACACAGACAGUCACACACACACACACAGACAGUCACACAAACAGGCAAACAGUCACACACACACACUUACCUCUUUCCAGUGGAUGCAGUUGGCUGAUGGGGAAGCAUCUUUCCCUCUUCCUGUACAGCAGGGGCUUCGGGAGGUAUUAGCCCCGUCUCCGCCUCUCGAUAAGCCCCGCCUCCGCCGCUCGGUAAACCCCGCCCCCUCUGCCGCGAUUUUUUUUUUUUUUAAAUAGACCCGGGUGGAGAAUAAUUAAUCCUCCAGCCAGGUACCUCUUUUAGCUCCCCUGCACUCCGGCCAUGAGUGAGCUGUGUCGGCCACAGGGCGCCCCCUGUUCCAUGGCGCCCUGUGCGGUCGCACAGCUCGCACACCCCUAAGGCCGGCCCUGGGCAUAUGCCUUUUACAAGGUAUUUUGUAAAAUAUAUUUUGUUAUAGAAUAUUUCCGACUGAAGAAUGGGUCACUGAGCUAUUAGGAUAGAUGUAAUUUGGGUCCAUUGAUGUAGUCCAUUGUUACUGCUAGUGCCAAGCCAAGCCUUUUUUUCAAUUACAAAUUCAUAAAAAGAGGAAAAGAGGUCUGCAGGGAGAUAUGAUAAAUUAAGGUAAAUUAAGGACUCAAAUGGCCGUUACACAAAAACAUUCACUGAAUCUACACACACUUCCAGCCAUCCUCUCACACUAACACACAAAUACACUAAAUAUACUGAAACGAACAUAGCGCAUGCACACAAACAAUUCACACACAUAUACAGUCAUGCUGUAUACACCUACACUUCUUGAUGACUUCAAACUAGUCUCCCUACAUCAUUGUUACCCUCCCUUACAUAGCAUAAUCACUAGGAAGGCCAAGUUUUCAAUAUGUGUGAACUGAUCAACACUCCUCAAUUAUACUGUAUCUCAGUCUGCUCUCUUGUUAUUUAAAUAGUAACCAUGUAUGCUAUUUACAACCUGUUUCAUUGUUUUAGUAUUACCUCCUGUCCUUGUGCCAAGACACAGCGAGUUUAACCCCCAGCUGAGCCUGCUUGCCAAGUUCCGCAACACUUCCCUUAACAGCGAGCCAAUGAUGCCACACAAUGCGACCUUCCCAGAGUCUUUUCAGCAGCCGACAUGUACUCCAUUCUCUUCCUCACCAAAUAUAUUCCCUCACUCGCCAAGCACAGUUGGUUACCCAGAUUCUCCGAGGAGUUCUUCUGACCCCGGAAGUCCAUAUCACAUCACGGGUAAGCUUUAUUAUUUUUAUUAUUAUUACCGGCACAUAUAUAGCACCGACAUUGUUCACAACAUUUUAAAAACUACAUAGUUUAACAACAAGUAAUUGGGCGACAAAAAAAUUAUUGACAGACACAACAGGUGAAGAAAGCCCUGCUCAGAUGAGUUUAUGACUUCUGCCACUUAUAGUUGGUUUCCUUUUUAAGUUCCAAAUGUCAGACAGGUAAUCUGAAGACGUUCACAAGCUCUGAUGAUGUUUUAGGUUCCAAAAGACAAAGAUAACAUUCUAAAAUUUUACAUGUAGCAUGCAAUGUACAGUCUCUGUAGAACAUUUACAAUUUGUUAGGCAGCAAAAUAGCAUAGACCUGUCAGUAGUGAUGAAUGGAUAUCAUAUAACUUGAUGAAGUUAUAAAGUUAUGUUACCUGUAGAUGAAAGGCUCUGGACAGAUAAAACAAAUUCUCAUUAUAUAUUUGGAUACAAUUAACACUUCAUUCUCCUUGGAUAUUAUUUUGGCAAGAAAAAAAAGAGUUUUUCUGCAGAAAAACUGGUUUGCAAAGUAUUAGUUUUAAGUCCUUUUUUGUUUUAGAAUUGUGUACGCACUCUGUAAUGUUUUUUUUUGUGACGCCUUUUUUUCUGUUGUCAAUCAUUAUUUUAAUGAGGUUUAAGAUAUGUAGACAAUUGAGAAAUGCAAGUGGCAGCGCAACAGAGUAAUAUCGGGUAAGAUGAUAAAACCUAAUUUUUGUUAUAAUAUGAGCAAGAAAAAAAAAACAAUCUAAUAAAGACAUCUAAUAUUGUGAAACAAGUAAUAUAACAAUAGCAUGGAUAUGUAUAAGGCUUCAGAUAAAAAAACACAAUUGGCUAAUAGCUGAGCUUUAAUGUAGAGUAUUAACCAGAUAUAGCAAACUCAAAGUAAUUGAAAUAUGGUUAGGCUAAUAUCCCAUGUAGAUAGAUUACUAGAUAAACAUAAAAGAAAAGAAUAUUAACGAUAAUAGCUAGUAGCUCGCUGGGAUAAACGUAAGUUGUCAUCUGGUUAGUAAUAAGAUAGAUACAGACUCUCUAAAUAAACCUGUAGCUCUUGAAAUGAACAGGAGGUAAAUAUUAGAGGACCAUUUGGUCUAGCAACAACCUCAAGAUUAUCAUACAUUAUAACUUAAAAACCAAAUGAAUGAACCAAGAACCAUCAUGGUUCAUAGAACUGUGGCUCAGAAGAGAUCUGCAGUAGAGUAGUCCCAAUCAAGAGUGCUGUAUCUCUGGAUCAAUUAAUGCCAAGACGGGCAUCAGGUCCUUGCAUCUCUACAGGAAAGUUGCUGGAUUCUGAGUCCUGUAGCCACAAAGACCACAGGCACAGGAGCCCAAUGGUUACUGCCAACCAGUCACUAGGUAGAUAAGCCCACAUAUACACAGAACCUUCCAGACUUCAUGCUCCAGGUGUAGGAUUCCGUAUAUUGAAGGUGGUAAUGAAUUGAAACCCACUAGUGCUCUCCCAGAGAAGUUCAAUGACUGGGACCUUGAGAGCUCCAGCAGGCCAUGUGUUUCCAAUGCAGGCUCCAGCUCUGCCUACGUUUUUUAGGGGAAACUUCUGGAUAGUAGUAUACGAAGAGAUCUCUGGGCACAUAAAGUUCUGUCAGGACUCCAACCUUGCCCAAAAAGUAUUGCACAGGGUAUCAAUAGCCUCUAAAAAACCCAUCACUGGAUUCCUAGAUGUAUAGCGUAAGCUUUUGAUCCCCGUGGGCCCACAAACCUGAGGAUGAGAAUGUUGGGAUAAAUCCCACCGGCAAUGGGGGGAUGCGGAUCUGUGUCAAAUACAGGUGGAGAGAUUCUCCUGCAAGGAAAAAACAAACAAAAAUAAUAAUAAUAAAAAUCUUUCUUUGUCUACAGACACGCCACCUCCACCAUACAAUGCCCCAGAGGUUCAUGGAAACCAAAACAGGCAGACAGUGGAGUCCUCUGAUUGCCAGCUAGUUUUAUCAUCAUUGAACAGAGGUAAAUAAAGUAAUAUUUGCUGUUUAUAUAAAUAGCUUAUCUUUCAAUUGCAUUGUGUAUUUUUUUUUUUUUUUUAGUUUUUUUUCAGAAUUUAUGGCUUUUUAUUUGGCCUUUUUUGAGGCUGAAGAUAAGAAGAAUUAGAAGACUUCAGAUGGGUAAGUAUAAUUUUAUUUACAGGUAUUAGUUUUAAUGUGGCAGCUGUCUCUCAACCUGCUUGCCAGCUGCCACAUAAGUGCCCUUUGCAUUGCCGAGGUAUAUUUACCCAGGACAUACUUGAAAAUGAGAGAAAUCUCAAUGUAUCUUUCCUGGUAAAAUAUUUUAUAAAUAAAUAAUAUUUUAUAAAUAAAUAAAUUUGCUAGCUGGCUACUAGCGUACUUAAAAUUAUUGUACGUGUAAUUAUUGCACGAAAGCAAGUUAAUGAUAAUUUGCAAAUGCGCACCCUUCAGAUUUCUGACCGGAUUUGGCUUUAGUAAAUAUGAGAGUUAAAGACUUGGAAGUGCAGUUUCAAACCACACCUUAAAGCCUUCUAGGUAUGAGAGCCUGGAAUCUUACUCUCAGGCCUCAUACAGUAACAUACAGUGAUUCUAUUGAAUGAUUCUGUAUGGGAGAACCUUAGGUGCAUUGCGGUGAGUGCCACUCAUGUGCCUAAGGUCCCAGGUGCUCCUCUAUGAAGAGCAUUGGAUUAGUCCAUCAUCCUGGAUGACGUCACUCGAGGAGGAGGUCACGGCAGUGCUCAGGGAGACUUGGUGUUGGUGAAAAGGUGAGUGAUUUGUUUUAUUUUAAUUAAUUAAUUUAUUUAUUAAUACCUGGGGGGGAGCCAUAAACUAAACAGCUACAUCAGGACUAUAACGUUAGGAAUAGCGAUAUGUAUUCCUACUGCUACAGUGUUCCUUUAAAUGAGUGUGUUUGUGGAGGAUUGACUGUUUUAUCAAGAGAUGCCAGGUUCUUUGCUGCUCAUUGUUAUGUAUAAAUAAAAAUAAUAGUAACAUAAAAUGAAACAGCCUUAAUUGGCUCACAAUAUGUAGCUUUAUUAGGUAGGAUAAAAUAACAAUUUAAACAAUAUGUUACAUUACAACUAAAAUCCAUACUUUCUUCUAUUUUGUUUUUUUCUCUCCAGAAUUCCGUCCUGUUUGCUAUGAAGAACCUUUGCAUUGGUGCUCAGUUGCAUAUUACGAACUGAACAACAGAGUGGGGGAGACCUUCCAAGCCUCGUCACGUAGCAUACUCAUCGAUGGAUUCACAGAUCCUUCCAAUAACAAAAACAGAUUCUGUUUAGGCCUUCUUUCUAACGUUAACCGCAACUCUACCAUAGAAAACACACGGAGGCACAUUGGAAAAGGUAAAACAUACAAUUCUUUUACCCAGCUUGCUGGCAUAAUUAUAUUAUUAAAAAAAUAGCAGGGGACAGUGGUCUCGAUUUAAUUAAUUUGAAUCAGAAUCAAAAAAUUACUCAAAUCUGUUAGAAAAAAACUUUUCAAAUGAUUUAUCCACAGGAGGCACCAUUAAAGCAUAUGGUAGUUUUUCUAGUUAAAUAUUUUUUAAUUUUUUUUUCUAACAGAUUGGAAUUAUUUCUCAUUCUGAUUCAAACAAAAUAAAUUAAGGCCAAUGUCUUACCAGUCACUUGGAAAAUUAAAUGAAAACAUAUAGUGUAUAAAGGUUUAUAUGUUCAGCUGACGUGAUAUUAAAGUGAUUGCGUAUCUUUGUGUUUCUUUUGUGUUGGUCAGGAGUCCAUCUCUAUUACGUUGGUGGAGAGGUUUACGCAGAGUGUGUGAGUGACAGCAGCAUUUUUGUACAGAGCCGUAACUGUAAUUACCAGCAUGGCUUCCAUCCGGCCACUGUGUGCAAGAUCCCGAGUGGCUGCAGCCUCAAGAUAUUUAAUAACCAACUGUUUGCCCAGCUCCUUUCGCAAUCUGUUAAUCAAGGUUUUGAGGUGGUGUACGAGUUAACUAAAAUGUGUACAAUUCGCAUGAGCUUUGUUAAAGUAAGUGAUUUUCUAAUAAACUUUUUUAAAUUGACAUACACUUAUGCAGAUGAUAGCUAACCCUUUACAGUCCACGUUUGUAGUUUACACAUCACUGAUGUAUAUUUUCUUUAAUAAUUAUUUUUAUUACUAUAGUGUAGUCAAUUGUGCGUGGAGGGAGAUUAAACAAACAAAUCAAUGUAUAAUGGGAAGAUGUAUUUAGAUGGAAUAUAUAGUCUCUGUCUAGAGGCUGUUAAAAAGGAUAUAAAUAAUAGACUAGGGCAUUCGUUUUUGGAAAAACACAGUUUUGUCUGAAUUUUCGGCAAUUCGGCCCUUUGUCCAAAAGACGAACACAAAUUACAAGUGACACGAAGAACGAAUUGCUUGUUGGACAAAUUUUGUCCAUGCAAUUUGUUUUUUGUUCGUUUUAUUUUAUUACAUGGAGGAAACUUCCAACUCGCAGCUCCUUCCUUGUAAUAUUUAAAAAUAGAAGCAGCUAGGAGCUGUGCUAAAUCCCUCUUCCCCCCCUCACCCUGUGGGGGUCUGUAUGAUUCCCAUAUUAGUAUAAGGGAGGUUAAAUCCUCCCUCCUUCCCUUGUCUACUGUUAUUGCUUCCCAGACGCUAAUACAAUAAAGGGGGAUCUGGCACAGGUCCCCCAUGCCCCCAUCUAAUAAACAUCUAAUAAAGUAAUAAAAGAGGGAGGGGCAUAGUGUCCCCUCCUGUGCCCCGCUAGUGGGGGCUAUUAAAAUAAAUGGUGUUUUAGUGUCCGGCCCCCACUAGUGGCCAGAGGGUGGGGAAUAUUAAAUAAAAUGUGGGGGGUACUGGGGAACACUAAGUUCCCCCCUUUAUUAAUUUAUCAGGUGCUCUAACAUUGAUCUAUUGGAUUAGUGACUGAGCAGUAAUAGAUGCCCAGUCAGAACAGUGAGCGUUGUUUAGUAGACAUGCCCCUACUCACAGCACAGUGGGUAGGGGUGGGAGGGAAGAUUUAACCUCUCUUUUUUACUAAUACUAAGUAUAUUUUUUACUUAUUAUUAGUAGAUAGCUUCCUAAUUCUUGUAGGAUUGCCAUUAGGAUACCAAAAAAGCGCUAUCUACUAAACAGCUCCCUAUUUUGGCACCCUUAAAUAUGGGAAUCUUAUUCGGGUACAAAUUUAGAGAGUUCUGAGAUAGAGCUGCCGCCCAUGGCAUGGAACGAAAUUUUGUUCAGCUAAAACAAAAAGAUUUUUCCCGUCCAAAUGUAUUCGGACCAAGCAAAAAGUUUGGCAGCGCCCAAGUGUAAUACUUAAUAUGCACAGGAACAGCCAUAAUAAUGCAUGGGACGAAGAAAUACCACCGCGGGACAAAGAAAUUGCCACUAGAAUUUAUUUUCCUUUUUUUUUUUUUUUUUUUUGUGGCACAAUUGCCAAUCACUUCAGAUGCAAAUGUUUGCUUUUUGGAUCACAAACAUAAAGAGAUGUCUGGCUGAACUUAAGCCUGAAUCUUUUUUUUUAAACAGACCACUAUGUAACAUGUCACUUCACUGCAAAGUGUGUGGAUAUUGGGAUAUUGUAUGUUUUCUGUUAACCAAUCAAUGUACAAAAGUGUGAUAGAUUUUUAAUUUAGCAUGUUCUAUUCCAGAAAAAUAUAUAAAUUAUGUUUUUAAUACCAAAUAAUUUUUUUAAUUGGAAAAAAAAUGAAAACUUGCAGAAAUAGUUUUUUUUGGUGUGAUGUAAAACAUAAUGUGAGAAUUUUUAAUACACUUUGUAAACUAUUCCCUAGAGACUAAAUUACAUUGAUAUCUUUUGUAAAAAUCAGUUGUGUAGAAUAUUAUUUACAUUCCUUUGUAUUUAGACAAUUUAUACUUGUCUGGGAAGCAGAGAAAUUGCAAUAUUUGUUUUAUUGGCUUCAUUUCUCAAAGUCAUGGUAAGCAGGGAGAGAGUCAGACAAGGUCACUGCAAUUUCUUGCAAGGUCACUGCAAUUGUUUCUUUUAUUAUAAUGGAUGGAAUGAAUACAAUUCUAGCUUAAUAUUUAUUGUCUACAUUAAAUCCCUAACAUUAUUAUUCUGAUAUUGAGUAGAUAUAGAUAUCAGCAAAUAAUAGCUAGGAUAUUGUUGUGAAUAUUAACGUUUGCACAGGAUGUGGCAGAUUAAUACAUUUAUGGACAUAAAACACAGUAUUAUUUUCCUUCUAUUAAAAGGACACUCACAGAAUUAUUCACUAUAGGAAGAAAUUUUAAGUAUAUUUGAAAUGUAAGGUCUAAUAGUCAAACUUGAAGAAUAGUUGAUUUUGAGAAAUUGUCCAGUUCGUCUGUUUCUGUAUUAAUUUUGAAAUUCACUUUGAAAGCGAACCUGUAAUUUAUUUUAACUUAAGCUUCUUCUGUUUAGUUCCCUCCAUGGUGUCCAAAUAAAAUGGUCUAUUUUUUUGCAUUCACCUUUUAUGCAUCUUGUUCGUGUUGCCGACAUACUCACCUACUGCCUGCCAUCAGAAUGAUUAAUUAAUUAAUUAAGUAAUGAUUAUUGGACUAAUAAGCACUGUGAUAUUAAAAUAAAAACUAGUAAUAUGAGUCCUUAAAGGAACACUAUAGUCACCUAAAUUACUUUAGCUAAAUAAAGCAGUUUUAGUGUAUAGAUCAUUCCCCUGCAAUUUCACUGCUCAAUUCACUGUCAUUUAGGAGUUAAAUCACUUUGUUUCUGUUUAUGCAGCCCUAGCCACACCUCCCCUGGCUAUGAUUGACAGAGCCUGCAUGAAAAAAAAAACUGGUUUCACUUUCAAACAGAUGUAAUUUACCUUAAAUAAUUGUAUCUCAAUCUCUAAAUUGAACUUUAAUCACAUACAGGAGGCUCUUGCAGGGUCUAGCAAGCUAUUAACAUAGCAGGGGAUAAGAAAAUAUUAAUUAAACAGAACUUGCAAUAAAGAAAGCCUAAAUAGGGCUCUCUUUACAGGAAGUGUUUAUGGAAGGCUGUGCAAGUCACAUACAGGGAGGUGUGACUAGGGUUCAUAAACAAAGGGAUUUAACUCCUAAAUGGCAGAGGAUUGAGCAGUGAGGCUGCAAGGGCAUGUUCUAUACACCAAAACUGCUUCAUUAAGCUAAAGUUGUUCAGGUGACUAUAGUGUCCCUUUAAUAAUCAAUCAUGAUCAAUCCUAUAUCUAACCUUACUACUUUUGUCAUUGUACUUUAUAUUUCAAUACAGUACAAUGAUAUAUUAGAAAUAUCACUUCCUCCUGUCUGAAUCCUCCUGUCCUCCUGCCUUUUCCUACUUGUUUGGUCUUGGUCAAUAACAGACAACUUCACAGAGGCCAAAUGCACUGAAUGUAAUAUAUGUAAGAUACAUUAUUUGUUGAAACCAAUGAUACUUAGUGAAUUAGAGAGCCUAUGGCUACAUUAUAUGUAAUAAUACAUUAACACGAAAUCAUCCAUAAUAAUUGGAUAGCCAGUAGUUCAAGAACAGUUGGACGCUAAGUUUGAUACCUAUGAAAAAAGUAUCUAAUGUAUGUGUUCCUUAGAACAGGACUCAAAAUUUCAGGUUCUAUACUAUUAGCCAGGCCUAAGACUUAGUUGCCACUUCAAGCCUGGUUGGUCCAUGUCACACUUACCUAGGAUGAAUUUCUAUGUACGAGGGCUACAUUUUUACUUACCAAUAAUUAGCAGAAAUUUGUAGCCCUGCCCUAGAGAAAUACUUAUUGAUCGCCAAUGAGUCGUAAGAUGACGAGAAAGGUUUUACUGCAAAAGUGAUGGUAGAAGCCACACUCAAUCCCAGCAGCCACCUGUGCCAUGGAGCAGGACUAGCAAUCCCACAACAAUAAGGCAACAAAGAAAUUCCCCAGGCACUCAAGGUGUUGAAGCCGCAGACAGUUUUAGUGAAACAAAAAGAAUAGCAACGUUUCAUUAAAACUGCCUGCGACUUCAACACCUGCAGUGCCUGAGGAAGGUUUUAUGACCAUGUAAAUAUUUCAUUUGUAACAAAGAACAUCACUUUUAGAUGUAGCUACUGCAACAUGUAAUGGACACAUUGCAGUCAUCAGUUGUUAAUCUCUCAUUGCACCUUUAUGUUUUCAGGGCUGGGGAGCUGAAUAUCAUCGACAGGAUGUAACAAGCACUCCUUGCUGGAUCGAAAUCCAUUUACAUGGUCCUCUUCAAUGGCUGGAUAAGGUCCUGACUCAGAUGGGUUCUCCUCACAAUCCUAUCUCAUCUGUGUCCUAAUGAGAGUCCCUAUAGCGCUAUUGCAGGCAGUGGCUUCAACAAAAUAUCAGUUUUUAAUCCAACAAAUAUUUGUCAUGUAAAUACAUAUAUUUCAGUAUGUGUUAUGUGGCUUCUGUGUAUCACGGGAAAAGGAAUGUUAAUGUUCUAUGUUUUUUUAUAUAUAUACAUAUUAUAUGGAUAUUAUAUUUUAUAUGGAAAUUAUAUGGAUAUUAUAUAUAUCCAUAUAAUUUGUAUUGAUACAAUACCCAAUACGAUAUCCAUAUAAUUUGUAUUGCGAAAUCACUCCACAGUUUAUUAACCCUUUGGGUGCCAAUGGAAACAGGCAGAUCCCUCUGGAACUCCAAAUGAUUAAAAGAGCAGAACACAAAUUUAACUUUAUUUUUAACAAAUUUUUAGUCCUUGCAUAGAAGAGAAAAGUAUUCAUAGCUGAGGCACUUAAACAUGGUACGCAAACAACACGUUUUAAAGAAAUAUUUUUAUGAUUUAUAUAUAUAUAUAUAUAUUUGUUCUUUAUUGAUGACUUAGCAGUCACAUAACCGGUUUGUUUCUUGACAUGUCAAGGACAGCCUUUUUUUAUAUACAGAUAUUUUUUUUUUUUUUGUAUAUUACAAUGAAAAAAAAUUCUUUCAAAAUAUUUUAGGGAAAUCUCUGGAUUUGCCUUGGAACUAUGAACCUGCGUUUUUCUUGUUCUUUUCUUUAUUCACGUCCCUGAAAUUCUAUCACAACCACUAUAUCAAUGACUUAUAGAGAGAAAGUGUGACCACAUAGAAAGAAGAUGCCGUAGUAAUUUGUUGACCUUCAGAUGAGCAUUGCUGUUUAAAGUUACAGCACUUUCUGAACAUGUACUUCGGGGUUUUUUCAUCAGUACCAGCCACGUUUUCUUGGCCAGUGGAAUUUUGUGACUUUUUCACCGAGGGAAACCCGAAAACAGAGGCCUCUAACCACCUGCAGGAAAAGUCCAGAUUGAAAUGUACUUCCUUAGUCCGUGAGCUGUUCAUACAAACAUUGGAAACACAGACGUGAACAUUCCAACUUGAUGGAAUCUGAAAUUUUUUGUCCAUCUCUAAUGAGAGCUGUAACUCAACAGAAGCUUACAUUUGAAAAGCCCUGGUCUAGUACAUUUUCUUUACUCUGUAUAGAGCUCAUCAGAUCUGUAAGUGAUCUGGGUCUGCAGAAUUCUGAAUCCCGUUGAAGUAAAAAAAAAAACCUGUAUGCUACUUCCCAGCACAUCAGAGAUAUGACAUUUAGACUUGUAGCAAAGCAGAUUAGCACCCCUAUUGUCCUGUGACUCUAGCAAUAUAACUAUAGAUUGUGGACUCUUUUUGGAUAGAAAACAAGCUAUGGUUUUUACCAUGGAUGUUGUAUGCACUGUAUAAAUUAAUAAACGAAAUACCAGAUACCCUGUUUGCUUUCUUUGUUUUCUUAGCUCUUUUUCUCAAUUAAUUUUCACUUCCUGAAGUCAUAACCAAACAAAGCGCGUCCAACACCCAUUAAAAUAUAAACGGAUGCCAUAGCCUGCCACAGUUCACAUCCCAUCUUUUCUACUGUCAAACAGUUGAUUUUCGACUUUCCAGGUUUAUUUGCCACACUGAUGUUUUCCCAACUAACACCAAUUGUCCUACUACUGAGGUUACUCCUUCCAAUACCCCAUAGUAAAUAUAAGGAACAUUGUCUUGCCUACUUCUCUGGGAUUGCCCUCUACAUACCCACUACUGUUAUCCAUGCAAUUUUCCUAUUCUUACUCAAUACCCACAGCCAAUCCCCCUAAUUCAAUGCCCCCAGCAUUGAGGAGGAUGUAGCAAAAAACCAUUGCUACAUCCACUUCACUUAAGUCACCGGUCCACAGCCAUCGUCCCCAAACCACAGUACUUAUCUGCAUCCCCCCAAUUCAAUGCCCCGGACACAUCCAUCCAAAAUCAUAGCCACCAGCUACUUCUCCCAAAUCAUUGAUCCACCUGAAUUCUCAUACUAGCAAUUUGCC